AUGCCGGAUCUUGAUCCAGCGCAAGAGGCUGGACCCGCCGCCGAAUACCGCCACCUCACCUCCCGCACCCGGCAAAUCCCCCGCUCCAUCAUUGAUUCCAAAUGGACGCCGCUCGACCCGGCAUCCAUCUCGGUAGUCGACUCCCUCGUGGCCGACGCCGCCCGCCCAGUGCUUCUCCGCCUACGCGACCGCGACCAGCGCCAUGCCCAGGCGCAGACCAUUUUGCAUACCUUCGCCACGCGGCUCCGCACAAAGCUCGUCAAGGGCAUGCCCUUUCCGCCUCCGACGAUAUCUGCCGCCCAGGCGCCGUCUUCAAGGAAGACGACCAGGAAAAGAGCGCAAUCGGGUCGAAGUGGCUAUGAAGCCGAGCUUGACUUUGAGAAGACGGUCGACGCGAUCGCGAGUCUUGAGCGUGCGCUCGAUCCGUUGCUGCAUUCCGUCGUGUUGCUCAAGGCGGAGAAGGAGCGGGAGGAGCGGGAGCUGGAGAGGGAGUACAAGCUCCUCCGACAGCUCGAGGGGAACGCCAAAGCCGAGAGGAUGGGCUGGAGGGAGCGGGGGAAGAGGAGCCAUGUCCUUGCUGGAGGGCUUGCCGGUGCUGGGGAGAAAGGGGGAGAGGGGGGGUUGGGGUUGGAGGUUGUUAAGAGGCAGGAGGGCAAGGGAGGGGCUGGAGGGGUGUUUAAGGACCUCCAAGAGGAAGAGCUGCUCGCGUUGUCGCAGCAGAUUGGCAGCCAUAUGGAGAGCAUGAGGAGUAACUUGGCCCAGAUCGAUGGAGUUCUCCCGGCUAUUGCGAAGACCAAGGCGGCGCUACAAGGGGCGCUGUGUCAGUAUAUGGACCCGGUACAGUAUGACCAGGUGGUGCUUGGCUAA